AGAUAUUUGUGUCUGCGACUGCAGUACAAAUCACAGUGACUUGACCUACAGUGCAACUUAUCAAAAGUUCUUGAGGCACCAGAAUGUACCAUAGUUUGCUGUGCUUGUCCUUGAGACAACAUUUUAAACAAUUGUGCAGAGCAUGGAGAAUGAUGAACUUCCGCCAGAGGAUGGGAUGGAUUGGUGUUGGAUUAUAUCUAAUAGCGAGUGCAGCAGCCUUUUACUACGUUUUCGAAAUCAAUGAGACUUAUAACAGACUGGCACUGGAACAUAUACAGCAACCUCCUGAAAAACUCAGAGAUGAAAGCACCUGGACACACUCCUUAAAAACGCGACUGCUGUCCUUGCCUUUUUGGCUGUGGGCUAUUAUCUUUCUAGUCCCCUAUUUACAGAUGUUCUUGUUCCUUUACUCCUGCACCAGAGCUGAUCCCAAAACAGUGGGCUAUUGCAUCAUUCCUAUCUGCUUGGCUGUUGUUUGCAAUCGUCACCAAACAUUCGUGAAGGCCUCCAAUCAAAUCAGCAGACUGCAGUUGAUUGACACUUAAAAAUCAUUCUGAAUUUUCUCAUGAGCUGUUUUAGAUAAUCAUGAAGAUGCUUGGCUGUGUCAACGAAACAUGUGAAUGGAACUUGGGAGUCUUUUUUGUCAAAGCGUUAACUACUGAUUAGAGCUUCUGCCUUCUAUUUUUUAAAGAAAGUUGCUUUUAAAUAUGGCUAAUUUAUACAUGGUAGAAUGACGGGGGCCCUCUUUGAGACUCGAGAGGGGCAUUAUUCAUAUUGCCUUACGACACAGAAUUUCUACACUCCAUCUGAAUUUUUGUGAGGAAACAUAUUUGAAACCUUAAUUCACUGUGCCCAUGAUACCCCAACUCUUUUAAGUGGAGAAUCGAUUAAAAAGGACUUUUCCUUUGUACUAAUGUAUAAAGUUUUGAAUGAUUACAAAGGUGGCAUAUAAGACACAGUUGUGUUUUCUCCUUCAACAGUGUUGCACUCAAUAAACCAGGGCUCCAUUCAUAACAUAUG